AUGGCUUCACCCUCUUCCUUCUGUCUCCUUGCUGCUCUUCUUGCAUUGCUCUCAUGGCAAGCCAUCGCCUCUGAUCCUAGCCCACUGCAAGACUUCUGCGUUGCUGAUAUGCACUCUCCAGUUCGUGUCAAUGGAUUUCCAUGCCUAAACCCAAUGGAAGUGAAUGCAGACCACUUUUUUAAGGCAGCCAAGCUCGACACUCCUAGGAAGACAAACAAAGUUGGGUCCAACGUCACCUUGAUUAAUGUCAUGCAGAUUCCUGGUCUCAACACUCUUGGCAUCUCAAUUGCACGCAUUGACUAUGCACCCUUGGGUCAAAACCCACCUCACACGCACCCCCGCGCCACUGAGAUCCUCACAGUGCUUGAGGGAACUCUUUAUGUUGGCUUUGUCACAUCUAACCCAAACACGUUAUUUUCCAAGGUACUUAAUAAGGGUGAUGUUUUUGUCUUUCCCAAGGGGCUCAUCCACUUCCAAUUCAAUCCUAAUCCCCACCAGCCCGCGGUUGCAAUUGCUACACUUAGUAGCCAAAACCCUGGAGUCAUUACCAUUGCAAAUGCAGUGUUUGGAUCAAAGCCACCGAUCUCAGAUGAUGUUUUGGCAAAAGCAUUCCAAGUUGAGAAGGGCACCAUAGAUUGGCUCCAGGCUCAAUUUUGGGAGAACAACCACUACUAAAUAUAAGGAGAGUAUGUUUGUUGUCAUGUCAUAUAUAAUGCUAUAGCAUAUAAAAUAAAUUUGUAUUUCAAGACCAGCUGAUUAUGUGGUCUAGCAAACACUCCAGCAAUAGAGAUUUAUGUUGGGAAAAAGGCUAUGUGGUUCUGGUGCAGCGUUCAGUGUAAUA